CAGGUAUUCAUUUGUCAUCGGUGUGUGGAUGAGUUUCAAAGUGCACAGAGGACGGCCACAAUGAUAGAGCCGACAUUCGAGGAUCGCCUGUCCGUGAUGGCCAACGGCGAUGAAAUCGUCUCGGGCGCCGUCCAAGGCGAGGACUCUUUGAUGCACAGCUACCUGUCCAAGAGCGGCGACAGAUUCCCCAUCGGCUCUCUGAUUGAAGACAGCCUGACCGAUGGGUUCAAGGACAUGGUGGCCACCCUCCAGUCGGAGCUACGCACCUCCGUUUUUAUGAGCGGACCGCACGACCCAUUCAGAACCAUCCCGAUACGACUAAUAGGUAUCGAGUAGAGACUCGAACUUCAGUUUUUUUCAUUUCGGGGCCCGGUAACAGAAGUCCGAAUAUCGCUGUAGAGAUCGAAUACGGGAGUACGCGGAAUCGAUUUUUAUCGAUGGUUUAUCUCAAGGGUCGUAGACAUUUCUCAUCCUUUCUGGCUUAAGAUUUUGGUUUCUAUAGAAAAUCAUGGGAGUUGAUAUACCUAUGUCAGGAGUGGGAGUUGAUAUAUCUAUGUCAGGAGUGGGAGUUGAUAUAUCUAUCGCAGUUAAGAGUGGAAUUGACAAAAUCCCGUUAUUUAGCCCCUGACUUCAUCGGCGACUUGUGUUAAGACUCCACAGAGUGUAUUCGAUGUCAGUACUAUGUUACCCAUUCUUGGAGUCAGUACGAUACUACCCGCUGUUGCAGUUGGUACUAUUUUAACCACUCUUAGAGUCAGUAGUAGAUCUCUUUUACCCAAUCUAUGAGUCAGUUCUAUAUUUACUUUUUUUGUUAGAACUAUAGUUAAAGAAAUCUCUUUAAAACACUAAGACACCUUCCUUUUGGAAGAAUGUGUUUCACAGUGGCUGUAAUGAUUGGUGAACUGGGGUCAACAAUGGCCGGGGUGUGCUUGCGUCACAAGUGUCCUUCCCCACUGGACGUGCUUGUCAACUCGCUACAUGAGACAGAUCGUUCUGUUGAGGGAAUGUUUCUGUUUUCUCUGUCCAGGUUACACUUUCAGCGUGGGUCAAGCUUUGAGUUAUGGCUUUGAUCCGGAAUGGUCCGAUCCGUUCUUCCUGCUGGGGAUUGGUUUUAUUGGCGUCCACUGCGUCCAUCGGAUGUCCGUCAUUGCACAGGUAAGAAGGGGUAUGGUUGCGACAGACCAAAGGUGUUACGUGCAGUGUAUUGUGAUGGUGUUACAUGCAGUAUAUUAUAAUGGUGUUACAUGCAGUAUAUUAUAAUGGUGUUACAUGCAGUAUAUUAUAAUGUUGUUACAUGCAGUAUAUUAUAAUGGUGUUACAUGCAGUAUAUUAUAAUGGUGUUACAUGCAGUAUAUUAUAAUAGUGUUACUUGCAGUAUAUUAUAAUAUGCAGUAUAUUAUAAUGGUGUUACUUGCAGUAUUUUGUAAUGGUGUUACAUGCAGUAUAUUGUAAUGGUGUUACAUGCAGUAUAUUGUAAUGGUGUUACAUGCAGUAUAUUGUAAUGGUGUUACAUGCAGUAUAUUGUAAUGGUGUUACAUGCAGUAUAUUGUAAUGGUGUUACAUGCAGUAUAUUGUAAUGGUGUUACAUGCAGUAUAUUGUAAUGGUGUUACAUGCAGUAUAUUGUAAUGGUGUUACAUGCAGUAUAUUGUAAUGGUGUUACAUGCAGUAUAUUGUAAUGGUGUUACAUACAGUAUAUUGUAAUGGUGUUACAUGCAGUUUAUUUAAUGUAGAGGUGGGGGUUAUCUUGAUGACGUAAAAGAGAUGACAAAAUAAAUUAAUUCCAUUUAGAGACAUAUCCAACAUGUUAGCAAAAGCCCCUACCCCAAUCAGGUACGCCCCCACCCCCCAACUGAACCGACCAUGGUAGUCAUAUUUAUUUAAGAUAUUCUAAUAUAUUAGAAGUUUUGUCUUUGUGCUCCCUCCCCCCCCCUUUUUUUUCUUCUUUCUUCUAGUACAACCACGACAAUCUCCUGGCUGCCCUCCAUCCCACGUACCUUAGAGACGCCUUCACUGCCAUGUACGACACAUUCAUUUGGGAGAUGCUGGCCUCCUUCAUUGUACCUUCAAUGAUCACCUAUGGAGCUUGCAGGUAGGUCAGAUGGAAAUAGUGAAUACCUUUGGAACUUGCAGGGUAGGUCAGGUGAAAACAGUGAUUACCUAUGGAGCUUGCAGGUAGGUCAGGUGGGAACACGCUUACGUAAGUAAGACUAGGUUAAGUUAAGUUAAGUUUGGUAUAAUACACAAGUCGUUCACGGUCAUUGGUGCAGACGCGGAUCCAAGGUUUAAUCCCUUGCACAACCAGGGGAAUCUUAUAGACGUUAUUUGUUAAUCAAGAAAUCUAGAAUAUCAUCCAUUAUGAUACAUUAAGUAGGUAAGGAACUUGCUUCUUUGGCCAAGACAUUUGGUUCCUAUAAGAUGAAAGGAAAAAAAAAAUUACAAUGUUAAAACUACAAAAACGUGUCUGGCUCUUCCAGGAUCUUAGACGCAACACUAGUACUCUUUGGACGUUUCACAAGGCCCUUGCGUAAGAGAGGCCCCAUACUGAUUAGCCUCGCCCUGCUGCCCCUGAUGGUCGUCCCCGUGGAUAUGGUUGUGGAUUCUUUCAUGAACCAGUGCAUCCGACCACAUUACGCCUGAGCUGUG